AUGGUGGAUUACUAUGAUGUUCUAGGCGUGCAGAGACAUGCCUCAGCUGAGGAUAUUAAAAAGGAAUACUGCAAACUGGCCCUAAAAUGGCAUCCAGAUAAAGACCCUGAAAAUAAAGAAGAAGCAGAGAGGAAAGUAAGUCAAGUAGCUGAGGCAUAUGAGGUGUUAUCAGAUGCAAAAAAACGGGACAUCUAUGACAGACACGGCAAAGAAAGGCUAGAUGGUGGAGAUGGGGUUCAUUUUGACACUCUGUUGGAGUUUAGCUUCACAUUCUGUAACCCAGAUGACUUCUUCAGGGAAUUUUUUGGUGCAAGGGAUCCAUUUUCCUUUGACUUCUUCAAAGACCCAUUUGAGGACUACUUUGGGAGCAGAAGAGGCCCCCCUGGGAGCAGGAACCAAGGCAUGGGGUCGUUUUUCUCCGCCUUCAGUGGAUUUCCAUCUUUCCAAGGAGGGUUUUCUUCUUUUGAUACAGGAUUUACUUCCUUCGCAUCGCCAGGUCCCGGGGGCCUCCCUUCAUUCUCUUCCAUGACAUUUGGUGGUAGUGGGAUGGGCAACUUCAUAUCUACAUCCCCUUCUACUAAAAGGGUUAAUGGCAGAAAAACCACUACAAAGAGAAUUGUGGAGAAUGGUGAAGAAAGAGUAGAAGUUGAAGACAACGGCCAGUUAAAGUCCUUAACGAUAAAUGGUAAGGAGCAGCUGCUACACUUGGACCACAAGUAA